CAACAACCAAAAAGUACUAGUACUACCUGCUUGGGCAUCUCGAUUGAACAUAGUAUCUGAUUGUAUCAUCACCAAUCCACAACCAUGAGCGGCGACGAAACGUAUCUGGAGGCCUUCUUGGAUAGUUUGGCAGGUCUGCCGAAUGAAAUCAAACGAAACAUGGAGUUGAUGAAGGACAUGGACAAGACGUGCUCAUCGCUGCAACGAAGCAUGAACCAACAGCAGCAAGAAUACAUUCGACAGGCGGAAUCCAAAGUCUUGGCUCUCGAAGUUGUCAAGCCACCUCCUUCACUGCCCAACGGUACCGAUCCACCCUUGCAACCCGGCGUCCGAGUCAACGAACAAUUACCCGAAGUGAUUAUCCCCACUACGGAAGAAAUGAUGGAAUUCAUUGCCGACCAUCCAGGCGCGUUGGCCGCCAUUCGAGAAUUGCAAGGCACCACGUUGCAAAUGGCCGACGAAAAGGUCGCCAUUGCCAAUCAAACAUUUGCAUUGAUUGAUUCCGUCGUUCGCCGACUCGAUGCCGACUUGGAAUGUAUGGAAAAGACACUCCAAUCCACGGGAGAUUUUCAAGUGGCGGGAGCCGCUCGUCCCGAUGAUUUGGCAGCCGUGCAAGUGGCGGCGGGAUCCGAUUGGAUUCUCGCCAAGGUCAUUUCGCAUGAUCCCAAUACGGGCUUGUACAAACUGUCCGAUGAAGAUGUGGAAAGCAAUAAAAUAUUCAAUCUUCCAGAAUCCCAAGUUGUUGUUUUGGGUACCAUUGAAAAACUCAGCAAGGGAGAUGUCGUCUUUGCCGUCUAUCCGGAUACGACCGCCUUUUAUCAGGCUUCAGUCGCACAGGCACCGAGAAAAACGGCAGGGACUACGACUGCCAGCUUUGUCACGGUCAACUUUGUGGAUGAUCAUGAUGAACAUGGCAUCAUUCCAAAUCGACCCGUUCCUAUACAGCAUGUCAUGAUGCCACCCUAUGGGGCCACGUUGCAAUAAGAAUGCUAUAAUAUAAAAUGGGAGCUGCUAGCAAAUUACAGUACAGUAGCAACAUCUCUGCUCGUA